GUGGGGAGCGGAGUACCCGAGGAGAACGAUGCCUCCCGGAGGGGAGCAGGGAAAGCGCCGUGAUGAGCGAGGAUUCCCGGAAGGACUAAGGAUCCCGACCGGCGGGGAGCUAGGAGCCCCGGAGAGGAGCGGGGACCCCCCCGCCGGGGCCUGCCCAUCCGCCGUGGCAGGGCAGACGCAGGUACCGGUGACCUUCGAGGACGUCGCCGUCUACCUGAGCCGUGCCGAGUGGGAGGCCAUCAGCGAGGAGCAGCAGGAGCUGUACCGCAGCGUCAUGCUGGAUGUCUGCGAGCUCUUGAGAUCCCUGGGUAAACACAGCGUCAGCUCCUGGGCUCGGCUGGCCCUCUAG